AUGAUAUUUAGAUUCUUUAUUGUUAGAAUUGUAAAUAAUAACAAAUAAUAAUUAAGUAAGUAAGAUACUCAAAUAAAAUAAAGUCAAUAUAUUUCCAAAAAUAAUAUGUAAAUUGCUGCUUAUCAACAAAUAAAGCAAGCGUAAAAUCACAUAAACAGUAUUCAAGUAAUAGCAGGAUUUAUUUAAUAGCAAAAAAAUUGUUUGUAUCGUAACAUUCUGUAUUGUAGGGAUAAUUCUGUCGCAAUUGAAUGUUUUAGACAUUAUAAAAAUAACUUUUUAAAAAUUUAAGUAGAUGCUACUGCAAUAUGUAAUGAGUCUUAAAAUUAAAGACAUGAAAUAGAUUUUGAAUCGUCCUAGUUGGAAAUAGAUGUGAGUGAAUUAGAAAGUAGCCAAGAUUUUCAAGAAAAGAAAGAUGUAUUGGAUUUUUUAGGUAAAAAUAAGCUAAACGUAUACAAAAAUAUUUUGUAUGCUUUUAACAAGCAUAUUCUUAGCUGUAAAGAUGAGAAACUAAUAGAAUUAUAUGAGUCAUUUACAUAGAAUUGGAAUUAUUUGCAUAUUUAAAGGAGAGUAAGUUAAAACCUCAAAGACAAUGUUAGACCAAGCUUAAAAUUUAGAAACCUAUUAAAAAGCUAAAACUUAAAUAAAAUAUUUAUACAUUUUCUACAAAAUAUAGAAGAAUUUUGGCUUAAAAAUUCUAAAAUAAAAGAUAAAGAAGUAUAUAAUAACUCUAUAUCUCUUUUAUUAAAGGGUUAUGAACAUGGCACACUUAUUAAACACAUUUAGUACUAUAGAAAAAGUAAAAAAUGA